GUUAUUUGUUUGGAAUGGAGCAAUACUACUGCUUCGACAAAGAGCAAUAGAGAGAGAGACUGAAACAAACUCUUAUUUUAAUUUUACUAUCGUCUGUAGUCUCCUUCCCUCUCAUUCGUCUUCUUUCGUGCCCUAGAUCUUGAAAUGAAAUCAAGCAAUCGAAGUGAAAGAUUUCUUUGAGACGGAUUACUUUCUUUCAGAGAUCUUUGAAUAUUGUUUUGAGUUGCAAAGGAUUGGGAACUUUUGGUUUGAACUUCUUUUCAGCUCUGGGUUGAUCAGGUUCAUAUCUUUUAAUAAUUUUGUUGACUGAAGGUUCAAUGUUGGAGCUGUUGAGGGUUAAACAGUAGUCUGGUCUUUUUCAAGAAUAAGAUGGUCUUAGACUUUGAAACAGAACAAACAUGGUUGGAGUUACUACUGUGAUGUGAUUGUUCUAAAUGAAGACAGCUCAGGCGUGGCGGCUAGGCAUUGGGGAUUUCCAGAUCAUGCCUGCGCCGCGCCACCGUCCUCCUUUAAAGGGGCCAGUGUGGAUUAUUGUCUUAGUUUCUUUCGUGAGCAUGUUGCUAAUUGGUGCUUACAUAUAUCCUCCUCGAAGCUCUGGAACCUGUUAUAUCUUUUCAUCAAAUGGUUGUAAGACUUUUGCCGAUUGGCUUCCACCUAUUCCUGCUAGGGAGUUUACUGAUGAAGAGAUAGCAGCUCGUGUUGUUAUCAAAGAUAUUUUGAGAGCUCCACCUGUUCAGUCAAAGAACCCAAAAAUUGCUUUCAUGUUCUUGACGCCGGGUUCAUUACCUUUUGAAAGGCUGUGGGACAAAUUCUUCCAUGGCCAUGAAGAUAGAUUCACUGUUUAUGUACAUGCAUCUAAGGAAAAGCCAGUGCACUUGAGUCGUUAUUUUGUUGAUAGAGACAUUCGCAGUGACAAGGUUGGAUGGGGGAAAAUUUCUAUGGUUGAUGCUGAGAGGAGACUUCUGGCUAAUGCACUCCAAGACCCAGAUAACCAACAAUUUGUCUUACUUUCUGACAGUUGUGUGCCACUUCACAAUUUUGAUUAUGUGUAUAAUUAUUUGAUGGAUACAAACAUAAGCUUUAUUGACUGCUUUGAGGAUCCUGGGCCACAUGGAACUGGCAGAUAUUCAGAGCAUAUGUUACCAGAGGUUGAGAAGAGGUAUUUUAGGAAGAGUGCACAGUGGUUCUCAAUGAAGCGGCAGCAUGCUGUGAUAGUUAUGGCAGACGGUCUUUACUACACAAAAUUCAAGCUUUAUUGCCAGCCGGGUAUGGAGGGGCGCAAUUGCUAUGCCGAUGAGCAUUACUUGCCAACCCUUUUCUAUAUGGUUGACCCUGGUGGCAUUGCAAAUUGGUCAGUCACACAUGUUGAUUGGUCUGAGGGAAAGUGGCAUCCAAAAGCAUAUAGGGCUCAGGAUGUAACCUAUGAGAUGAUGAAGAAUAUCACAUCUAUUGAUGAGAGCUUUCAUGUUACAAGUGAUGAGAAGAAGGAAGUGCAGAUAAGACCUUGCUUGUGGAAUGGUAUGAAGCGACCGUGUUAUUUAUUUGCGAGGAAGUUCUACCCAGAAGCUCUGGAUAACUUGUUACAUGUAUUCUCAAACUAUACAUCGAUAUGAGUCUCUCUUUGAUUGUUAUUCUUUGGUCGAAUCCACAGUUUCGACCCCAUCGCCCUCCAAUUCUCCGAAUAUA